AUGAAACAAAGAUUCUCUGCACUUGACAUAAGAGCUACUGUAUACAAUUUAAAAGAAAGAAUUGUUGGAUUAAGGUUGCAAAAUAUAUAUGACAUCAAUUCAAAAACAUACCUGCUCAAAUUUUCAAAGCCGGAUCGAAAAGAAUUACUAUUGAUUGAGUCCGGUAUUCGAAUUCACACAACACAAUUUUCUCGUGACAAAUCAAAUGCUCCUUCGAUGUUUUGUCUAAGGAUUCGAAAAUAUUUGAAAUCACGUAGAUUAACAGAUGUGAGACAAUUGGGUGUUGACAGAAUAAUUGAUUUUGAAUUUGGUGCUGUUGGAGAUGGUAUCACAUAUCAUAUAAUUGCAGAAUUUUAUGCUUCAGGAAAUAUCAUUGUUACGGAUAAUGAGUACAGGAUUUUAGCUUUACUUCGUAUUGUCCAACCUAAAGAGAAUGAGAGGAUGGUAGUUGGUCAAAUAUAUAAUGUAAAUGCGACGGCUCGUAUGCAGGACCCUGUUUCAAUAAAACGAUUACAAGAAAUAUUUGAUACUACAGAAUCAAAAGAAACCAAAGAACAAUUAAAAAAAUUUUUGAAUGCAAAAUUAAAUUAUGGUCAGGCAUUAACUGAACAUGCUCUUCGCGUUUCAAAAUUAGAUCCUAAUAUGAAGGUUGGCACUAUUAUUGAUAAAUCAUCAUCAUCACCAUCGGAGGCUUCUCCUUAUUUGACUGCAUUGGAAGCUGGUUUUGCUGAAGCAGACAAAAUUAUUGAAGAUUGUGCAAAUAAAACACAAAAGGGGUAUAUUAUUUUGCUUCAACAUGUGGAAACCUUUAAAAAUCCAAAAGAUAAUGAUGAUGAUGGUGAAAAAACACAACAAGAAGAUUUGGUAACAUACAACGAAUUUCAUCCAUUUUUGUUUGAACAGCAUAAAACAAAAACAUACAAAGAAUUUGAUUCUUUUGAUUUAGCGGUAGACGAGUAUUACUCUUCAUUAGAGAGUCAAAAACUUAUUUUGAAGCAAAGGAAUCAAGAACACGCAGCAAAAGAAAAAUUGGAUGCAAUUAAAAAAGAACAAUAUUCUCGUGUUGAAAGUCUUCAGAAUGCUCAAAUAAGUAAUAUCAAAAAGGCUAAAUUAAUUGAAUCUAAUAUUGAAUUGGUGGAUCAAGCGAUUUUAAUUAUUAGGAACGCAAUUGCCAGCUCAUUUGAUUGGAAAGAUUUGGAAAAUUUAGUAGCCGAAGAGAAAAAACGUGAUAACCCUAUUGCUAAUGUGAUUGCUGGCUUCAAAUUGGAGGUUAAUAUGAUUACUUUAUUAUUAAGUGAAAAUACGCAAUUAAAUGAUGAUACAUUUUAUGAUUCUUCGGAUGAUGAUUUUGAAAAGGAAGAUUCAUCUGUAAAUAAAAUACAUGAAAAAGUAGAUGUUGAUAUAUAUUUGUCAGCAUUCGCUAAUGCUAGAAAAUAUUAUGAUGUGAAGAAACAAUCAGCAAUCAAACAAGAAAAAACAUUAGCUGUCGCUGAUAAAGCCUUCAAAAGUGCUGAACAAAAAAUUAGACAAGAUUUAAAAGAAUCAAAAAUAACAAUAUCUAUAAAUAAAAUAAGAAAACCAUUUUGGUUUGAAAAGUUUCUUUGGUUUAUUUCAUCCGAGAAUUAUCUUGUUAUCGCUGGACAUGAUGCUCAACAAAAUGAAAUAUUGGUUAGAAGACACUUAAAAAAAGGCGACGUAUACGUUCAUGCUGAUUUACACGGUGCAGCUUCAGUAAUUGUGAAAAAUAAUAAAGAAGGUCAACAGAUUCCGCCUAGUACAUUAUAUCAAGCUGGUGUUAUGUCUGUAUGCCAAAGUAAAGCUUGGGAUGCAAAGAUUGUUAUUAGUGCAUAUUGGGUGGAUGCUGAUCAGGUAUCUAAAACUGCACCUACGGGUGAAUAUUUAACAACUGGUUCAUUUAUGAUUCGUGGCAAAAAGAACUUUUUGCCACCUGUACAAUUAAUAUAUGGAUUUGGAUUGUUGUUUCGAUUGGAUGAACAAAGCAUUCCAAGUCACUUAAAUGAACGUCGACCACUGUUUGUUGAAGAAGAUAAUUUUCUUCAAAAAACAGAUAUAAACGGUAUAACAUGGGAUAAAUAUAAUUUAGAUGAAUAUGGUGUUGAUCAAGAUGAUAUUAUUGAUUUUAAUUAUAAUAAUAAUCCUCAAAAAAAGCAAGAAAAUGAAGAAAAAACUAAAAAACAUGUAUCAGCCAAAGAAAGAAAACUAUUGAAAAAACAAAAGCAGGGGACCAAUUUAGAAAACUCGGAUAAUUCCAUUGUAGUGGAAAAUUUCAAUAUAGCAAACGAAUCUAAAGGAAAAACUCAAAAAAACCAAACAACACAGAAUAAAUCAUCGGUACAAUUACCACGUGGUAAAAAAGGCAAACUAAAAAAAUUAAAGGAAAAAUAUGCAGAUCAAGAUGAAGAAGAAAGAUUAUUACGUAUGGAGUUACUUGACAAGAAUAAUAUUAAACAACAAGAAGAAAAAGAAGAUAUCAAAGUAUCACAUACACAGGAAAUUGAAAAUAAAGAACAAAUUGCCGAAAAUGGAAAUCUUGUAGGAAAUAAAGAUGACGGGGAGGAUGAUGCAGAAGAAAUAAAAAAUCGAGAAAGCACUGAAAAUUUAGAUAAAUUAACAGGAUCACCUUUACCCGAUGAUAUAUUACUUUUUGCCAUUCCUGUUUGCGCACCAUAUAUUGCAUUACAAAAAUAUAAAUAUAAAGUAAAGUUAAAGCCUGGGUCUAUGAAAACCGGAAAAGCUUGCAAAACAGCUAUAAACUUUUUUCAAAAUGAUUCAAACAUAACACCACAUGAAAAAGAGUUAAUAAAAUGUAUACCAGACACAGAAAUGCUUUCUGUCAUGUUGGGUACUUAUCAAAGAAUCUAUAGUCAAGCUAAGCAUUAUCAGUAA